GGGGAAAUAUUUCUGUAGCCGCUCGCUCACUCACUCGCCAAUCAUGUGAUUAGAACAGUUAUUUAAAGAGGCAGAAUGUGCCUAGAUUAGAGAGCAGUCUCCUCUCUCCUCUCCUCUCCUCAGUGCCAUACGGCAGCUUGCACGGUCACAGGGCUCAGCAUGGCGGAAGCUUUCGCAGGCACCUGGAAGCUGGUGGACAGCAAUAAUUUUGAUGAAUACAUGAAAGCGAUUGGCGUGGGCUUUGCCAUGAGGCAGAUAGCAAACCUGACCAAGCCCACCUGCCUCAUCGAGCAGGAGGGCGGCAAGAUCAUCGUGAAGACCCAGAGCACCUUCAAGAGCACAGAGAUCAGCUUCAAACUGGGGGAGGAGUUCGACGAGACGACGGCCGAUGACAGACAUGUCAAGUCUCUUGUGACGCUGGAUGGAGGAAAACUUAUCCAUGUGCAGAAAUGGGAUGGAAAGGAGACGACGUUAGUCCGAGAACUGGAGGAUGGGAAGUUAAUUCUGACUCUCACCAUGGGCACUGUGAUCUGCACUCGCACGUAUGAAAAGGCAACAUAGACACCAGGUCUCUGAUGAUCACCCCGUGCUGAACUCACUGAAUUGCCUACCCCCGCCCCACAUUUUGUAUUCAAUUUAAUACGUGAGCAUGGAACCAGUGCAGGCGAGCCCUCCCCUUCCGCCCGUGACUCUGCUUUCUGUGGUUUGUUUUUUUUAAUCUUGUAAGACCCCAUGUGGAAAAUAAUAAACCAAAGUUGUUACAGA